AACAAAUCAAACUAUACCAUUUUUCAGUUUAAUGAUAAUGAAUUUACAAACGUGAAGGUUAGUUUAAGCAAUGGGACUUCCCAACUCUCGCCCUAGUAUGUUUAAAUUUAGUUAUGGAUAUCUCCGAACCGCAGUGAAUACCAAAUGGAAGUAACUGUCAAACAAACAGGACUCGACCCCCGGCCAUCGGAGUGGAUACUUAACGGUCUACUUCCUAGGAAUGCAUUGGUCAAUGCUUGACAGCGUUUUGGGUAGCUUCGCGACGUACGCACGUCUAAAAGGCCGGUAUGACGAUGACUGGAUUGACCGCCUGAACCACCUCUACACCACCAUCAUACUCAUCAUCUUCACCAUCGUGGUCAGCACCAAGCAGUACGUAGGCGAGCCCAUACACUGCUGGUGUCCGGCCCAGUUUGAAGAAAGCCACGUCGACUACACCAACAACGUUUGCUGGGUGUCCAACACCUUCUACGUUCACUUCAAAGACCAACCUCCCCGCUACACAGACCUCAAUAGUGACCUUGAGAUCCAGUACUACCAAUGGGUUCCCAUGAUCCUCCUCUUCCAGGCCUUGCUGUUCAAGGUGCCUUGUAUACUAUGGCGGAUCCUAACGGCAUCAGCCGGUGUCAAUCUAGACAAAAUCGUCACCCUGGCUGCAGAGACGGCAUACGUCGCCCCGGACGAUCGAGACCGGACGAUCAAACACAUUGUCCGAUACAUGGACCGGUGGAUCGAAAACGCCCGGGAAUACCGGUCCGGCUGCUUCAUCCGACUGCGUCAACAGAUAUCGAAAUACUGCUGUAUAGUAUGGGGAAAACGAUACGGCAACUACCUGGUCACCUUGUACAUGAUCAUCAAGCUCCUCUACCUAGCCAACGCAAUAGGACAGCUAUUUAUUCUAAACGAAUUUCUUGGCACGAACUUUAAUGUGUACGGCUUCGAGGUGAUGGACCAUCUGGCGCGCGGCGAGAGCUGGUCGGAGAGUCCGAGGUUCCCCCGCAUCACGCAUUGUUUCUUUAAAAUUCGCCAGCUAACCAACGUCCACGAUUACACAGUCCAGUGCGUCCUGCCCAUCAAUCUUUUCAACGAAAAGAUCUUCAUCUUCAUCUGGUUCUGGCUCGUCUUCGUCGCCACUCUCAGCACAUUCAAUUUCCUCAUCUGGGUCUACACCAUGAUCUUCCGGCAGCAUCGACUACGCUACCUCAAGAAAUUCCUCCGCAUCAACGAUUGUUACAAGUCGGAGCUGGAUAAGAAAAUGGCCGUCAAGUUCUGCGAGCAGUACCUGCGGCAGGACGGGAUCUUCGUGCUCCGGCUGGUCGGAAAAAACGCCAACGACGUGCUGGUGUCGGAGCUGAUCCUGCAGCUGUGGAACCAUUACCGGAACAAGCCUUUGUUCAGGCACGCCAACCAGAUCAGUGACGACAACAGCAAUGUCUGACUAACCGUUCGAAAAUGGAAGGCGGUGCAAGCGCUCUCGGGCUGGCUGGGGAUCAAGUCCGUCACCCUGACCCCCACCGACGACAACCACCUCCAUCACAUCGGCAACAACUACAGCUUUUACGGGCACAACCAUCAGGACGCGGGGUCGGAUUGCUGCGGUCAAGACGUGGAGUUGGUUGGCUUCAGUACGUUUCCAAGGCAGAACGGCUUUUUGGAUUCUUACGUGAACGGAAUCAACGGACCGGAACCGAUGUCGGAAAUCGGGUCCGAUUCAGAGUUAUCCCGUGUAUAAAGUUAAUAAUUUGGGAGCAAUCUAACCAUCAUAUAAUAUUAAUGUUGUCUUCAUUAAGCCAUUUUUGCAGAUUAGUUGCAUUAGAACUGCACUUUAAAGUAGUAUAACUGCAGUGAUUAUUUAAAUUUAAAAAAGCGGACAUUAUAUAGAUGAGUGGAGAAGGUACUAAACUGAGAGAGAUUAUACCUUUGUGUACAUUAGAAUUUGUUUGCUAGGGUCUAUUAAAUCUGAUGAAAAAAAAAACGAUUUUCGCCGGUUUUGAUCCUCAAAAUUUCAGAAAAAAAAAUGUAGGCCUGAGUAACCUACAUUUCGGAAUUUUUAUUUACAUGACUAAUUUCCUUAAACUCAUUUGUCAGAAGCUCAUCUAUCAUAAGUUUAUAUUAACUUAAAAAUAUAGGCCUACUACAAAUAAGCAAGCUUUGGACACUAGACUAGAUCUAGAUGUAACUAGAUUUAGAUUCUCAAAGAUUGACAAAGGCCAGAGACAGGCUAGGCUAGGCCUGUUUCGUUUGAAAUUAAAAAAAAACAACCUAAAAUACAGGAACCAAAACGAAACAAAAGAUAUUGUGACCAGUGAAUUUGUGAAUAAUAGUAAAGAUAUUAAUUUCAUUAUGUUGGCGCUUUUCAGUUUAUUUCACUAAGACUAUUCGCAGCUGUGAAGGAAAGUGUGAUAUUGAGGAUGGUGUUAUUUAUUUUAGUUGAUUUUACCUCCGUGCGACUGUGUUAAACUUCUGUUAAAAUGUGGAUCUUAUUCUAGAUUUAGUCACGUAUAUUCACAUAUUUUCACUUAAUGAGAGAGAUACUUUCACUUCUACAAAAUCUUGAUAGAUCUAGAUCUAGUCUCAACUUAAGAAAUUCUAGUCACACACUGUAUCAUAGUCUAGAUUCUAGGUCUAGUGACUUAUUAGUCAUCUAGUGCUAGGUCUAGAUCUGUAUUUUUAAAAAUGUGCACCAAAUAUAAAUAAUAUAAUUCUCCCUCUGUUUUUUAAAUUACAUAUUUUCAUUUGUUAAAAACCUUAAGUGGUUUUAUUGAAGUGAAAGAAGAAAUUAGAUCUAGUUACUUUAAUUUAGUUUAACUAACACAACAAUAAAAGGCCUUAUUUAUUAUUUAUAUUUAUAGUAAAAAUGAAAAUGAUGGUUCUACUUCAUUAAUAAAUUAACAAACACAUUGAGAUUACAUUUAGAGAUGGUAAAACCUCAUCAGUGUUAUGUCUAGCCAAAAUUAUUGAGUAGUUGGUCUACAUUAAGAUUCUAAGUCUUUAAAAUUAGGGGUUUACUGUGUGUCAUGGACUUUUGGUGUGUGCUAUCACUCAGUCCAUUUAGUCACAACGUUAUUAAGAUUUCAGCAAAAACCCUUAUGGUUUAUGCACUUAUAACUCCACCAGAUCCAUUUUGUGGCCUAUCCCGCUUAAAUCAUGAAGACAGAAGCAUUCUACUUGAUACAUAAUCAAGUGAAUGAUAUGGCAGCAAAUCAAGUGAAUGCUACUUAUCUGCAUUAUGGAAUAUCAAGUCUAAAUGUGGAACUUGAGAGUUAAACACUGCAACUUUUGACCACUGUAAAGGCUAGAACAAGAUGGGAAU